UUUUCACAUAUAUUAGUGUUGUACGGUGCGUGAAUAGAAUAAAUUUAAUCGGAAUAUAUUAACUUACAUUGAGAUUGAAAAGAAAUACUUUGUGAGAGAAAAUAUUAUGAAAAUUGAUCGUAACUGGAUGUUGUAUAAAAUCUCAAAGUAAACGGCACACCAGUGGUGAAGUAGUUAAAUGUGAAAAAUCAAUACGAAACCGUCACUUCUCCCCCACCCUACUGAUUUGACGCCUUCGCUAGCAGGACACAGAUUAUGUAUGUAUGCAUGGAUGGGGAAAAAGGGAUUCUUUGCCGUUGCAACGUUGGAUAAUAUGGAAGAUUAGGCUGAACUGUGCAGCCAACGCUACAGACGCGUGUGCGUGUAUUUUUAUUUAACGAAAUUUGGCUGAAAUUGCUUGAAGCGCUUAACAAUGCUAUCGCCGUCGCCGUCUGCGUCACAUCGUGGCAAUAAGUGCGAGCCGAAACUGAACGCUACGCCAGAUUUGGAUGAUGACGAUGAUGCCAACAGUAUCAUUGACGAUACCGAUGUGGAUGUUGCAGUCGACGUGGAUGUAGAUGAGGUGCUGCCCACACAGAAGCCUCAUUUUUUGGACGAUGCCAUGCCACCACCCGAAAUGAUUGCCGACUUUGAACGCGUGCUAACUUUUGGCGCAAAAAUCGAUCCCAAGACCACAGGCACUAGUAGCGGUGAGCAAUUGAAAAUGGAUAAGAAGUAUGAGCGUGACGGCGAGAUUAGCGACUACGAGUUGGCAGCCAGUGGUUAUACAAAGAAGGAAUUCACACAGGAUGACAACACAUUGAAUUUGCCAAGUGGUAUUGGUAAGAGCGCAUUUACAAAACCAAAGCAUUUCUUGGACGAGAAUCCAAUACCACCAGACUAUAUGCUACUUGCGACAAUCGCUGACCACGACCUACGGCGCGAGCAUCGCAGUCUAGACCGUAAUUUCGAACGACAAGAAGAGCAACAGUCCGCUCUUAGUGCAGGCCAAAUGUUGAAAAGCUGCAGCAACAGCAGUGGUGGUGGCCGUAAAAGCUCUUUGGAUCGUGGUGGCUAUGGCGGUGGUAGCGGCAGUAACAACAGCGGCAGCAUGUCGAGUUCGCGUACUUCACGUGAGCGCAGCAAGGACUUAACUUCUUCGUACACCUUGUCGCGUUUUCUACAUAGCGCCGAAACGCCGUCGCCACCACCGGCAUUACAGCGCAGCAUACCGAAAGGCGGCGCCUGGGCGAGUAGCAGUGGCAGCGGUAGUUGCAGCUUUGACAGACUUUAUGGCAGCUUGCCAAUGGCCCAUACAGGUGGUGUCGGCGACGACAAGAGCGCGCUUGGGGUUGAUGACAUUGUCGAUGUCGACCGUCUUGGUCCGAAGGUGGAGUGUGUGUAUUCGCUACUCUCGAUGCUGGGCUCCAAUGACCCGGCGGAAAUGUCUAAGAAAUUUCUUGAAUUGUCGCGCACGCCAGAAACAUGUAGCGCGCUACGACGUGCCGGCUGUGUGCCGCUAUUAGUGCAGAUGAUGCAUUCCGAUGGCGAUGAUAGUGUACGCAAAUGCUCUACUAUGGCAUUACAUAACGUCGUGCAUAGCCAUCUGGAUGAGAAGACCGCGCGACGUGAAACGAAAGUGCUACGUUUGCUCGAACAGAUACUAGAUUAUUGUAAUUUUUUGAAAACUCUGCUGCAGAGCGGUGGCGAGGCAAUUGCUGAUGACUCAGAACGGCAUCCGUUGGCGGCUAUUUCAUCAUUGAUGAAGGUGAGCUUCGACGAGGAACACCGGCAUGCUAUGUGCGAGCUGGGUGCACUACAGGCAAUACCGAAUUUGGUGCAUUUGGAUCACGCUGUGCACGGACCAAAACCGGAGGAUCAGUGCUGCAAUUCGCUGCGACGUUACGCGCUAAUGGCGCUUACAAAUCUGACUUUCGGUGAUGAACACAACAAGGCUUAUCUUUGCAGUCAGAAAAUAUUCAUGGAGGCAUUGGUGGCGCAGCUGGAUUCGGCACCGGACGAUUUGCUGCAGGUAACCGCUAGCGUAUUGCGCAAUCUAUCAUGGCGCGCCGACAGCAAUAUGAAGGCAGUGUUGAAUGAAAUCGGAACAGUGACCGCACUAGCGCGUGCGGCAAUGAAAAAUAAGAGUGAAAACACGCUCAAAGCAAUAUUGUCUGCGUUGUGGAAUCUGUCGGCACAUUGCAGCACCAACAAGGCGGAAUUCUGUGCUGUGGAUGGUGCACUCGCCUUCCUUGUUGACAUGUUGACCUACGAAGGACCAAGCAAAACGUUGAAGAUAAUAGAAAAUGCAGGCGGUAUACUCCGCAACGUCUCUAGUCACAUAGCUGUGCGCGAACACUACCGUCAAAUACUGCGCGAACGCAACUGUCUCUCAAUACUACUGCAGCAGCUAAAGUCAGAAAGCUUAACCGUGGUGAGCAACUCCUGCGGCACUUUGUGGAAUUUAUCGGCACGUUGCCCGGAGGAUCAGAAAUUCCUAUGGGAUAACGGGGCCGUGCCAAUGCUGCGUUCGCUUAUACACUCAAAGCACGCUAUGAUCUCUGAGGGUAGUGCUUCGGCGCUCAAGAAUCUACUCAACUUUCGACCGGCAGUGCAGAGUCAAAAUCCACUUGAUCCAAUUGCGCGUUCAAUGGGCUUACGAAAACUGCCGACAUUGAAUGCGCGCAAGCAGAAAGCCCUGCAACAGGAGUUAGGCGGUAAGCAGCAUGCCGAGACCUGCGACAACUUAGACAUAAGCGGUAAUACCGGUGUGACAAAGGAAGAUGGCCAACUCCACCAACAUACCACUUUGAGCGUUGUAAUGCAUGCGCAGCGGCAGCGUUACAUAGGCGGUACGGUGCCACCAGGCACUUCGGCGAGACUCACACGCUCCGCUAUGCUGACGAAAAGCGAAAGCCGCGACUCCGUCUUCUCUGCGAAAUCAGAUACCACUUACGAGAAUUUAAUGCGCUCUCAUUCGGCUUCGGACGCCAAUCGCAAAAAGUUGCCGUACACUGCGGCAGCUGCAGCAGCCGCUUAUUCGCUGGAGAAUGAUGUGGAAGCCACUGAGGUUGAACAGCCAAUCGAUUAUUCGGCCAAAUAUUGUGAAAAAGAUGCCAAAACUCCGGAUGAGCGCACAACUGAGGUGCAAGGUGCAGGGAACAGCACCACUAACGUCACAUAUCAGGAGACUGACUUAGAUCAGCCGACUGACUUCAGUUUGCGGUAUGCCGAGCACCAAAUUGAGUCGGAUCUGGAUGUGUUACCAAAUGUGCGGGCGGAUCGUAUUAACAGUGCCAGCGCAAGAGUUACCCCAGCCGAUACCUUACCAGCUUCUGCACCGCCAAAUUGCGGUCAGGCAGUGGUUAGUAAUGGGAAUGAAAUACUGCUGAUACUUGAGGAUACCGUGAAAUGCUACCAAACUGAAGACACACCCUAUGUCAUAUCUAAUGCCGCGUCGGUCACAGACUUACGACAAGCAGUCAUUAAAUCAGAAGCUGGCUCACAAGUAGAGGCUUUGAAAACCACAGAAAAACCUAAAAAAUACCAAAGAGUACAACAGAUGCCUAGCAACACAGGCGCACAAGGAAACACCGCAUACGGUUCGGGCUCUUACACACCCGAGAAGCCGAUUAACUAUUGUGAAGAGGGCACACCGGGUUAUUUUAGCCGUUACGAGUCCCUCAGCAGUUUGGAUGAGUCGCCACCAACACAGCAAUCGAACACAAAGGAUGCCAAAGCUGUCCAAAUGAAAGCUAACACGACCAAUUCAACAAAAGAGAAUGCUAAACCUGUUGCACGCCCUGCCGCUACACCUUUGCCGCAAGGAGUUGCGCCCGCUGCACAAACCAGCGGCAACGCUACCGCAAUUAAUUCAGCACAAGAGACGCCCCUAAUGUUUUCGCGUCACAGCUCAAUGGAUUCGCUGGUGGAGGAAGGUGAAGAAGAGAUUGGUGUUUGCGAUGAUAAAAGUUCCGUCGUUAGCGAUUUCAGUCGCUUAGCCAGCGGCGUCAUUUCACCUUCGGAAAUACCCGACUCGCCUACACAGAGCCUACCGCAAUCGCCGCGUCGCAAUAGCAAUUCCGGCCACGUUAACAGCAGCGGUGGCAUAGGUGGCUUUCCGCCAAGCGUUUCGCCGUUGGCACCCACGCGCGGCAGUGCUGUCGGUAUUGCUUCUAGUAGCGCUGCUAUUGGGCUACGUGGUGGCAUUGCCGUGGGUGAAGACACUAAGCGGCCGCUGUGUAGCGUCUUCGAAGAUGAUAUAAGCACGUUCCACGUCGAGAAUACGCCAGCGCAAUUCUCUUGUCGUACCAGUUUGAGUAAUCUGAGCAUUUUGGAUGAUGAAAUCAGCUUGCCGCCGUCCAGAGAACCACCGGUGGAGGGUGAUAACAUUGGCCAGCAAGCCAUCGUAUCAGAAGGCGAGGAAGAAGAGGCCGUUAACAACAUCGAUGACAUAUUGCUCGCCAAUUGCAUCAAUAUGGGCAUGAAUCGUACAACUAUAACUGCUGCGGCAUCAAAGAAGUCCAUGGCAAACACAACUAGUGGUCAGAAGGGUACAGAUUCUCAGUUGACAGCCGAUGAGCCAAAGCACUACUACACGGAAGAUACUCCGGCAUUGCUCUCAAAGGUCGGCAGUAAUACCAACUUGUCGGCGAUUUCCAUUUGCUCCAGCAACAAUAUGGAAGAAUUGAAAGUGCCACAGCCGCCUCCCACAACGGCUAUGGGAGAGUCCGAUAACCGACACUCGCUUGUUUUAUCCGAUGACGUGUCAUCCAACGCCUCUGAGAGUGGUGCAGCAGGGCAAUCGUUUGACUUGUUGCAGCAAUGCAUAGAAGUAGGCAUGAAAAAGCCAACUGCGCAGACAAAGCCGCAUACAAGUGGCACAAGUGUGCAACAUAGAGCGAUGAUGUCAUCACGCGUGGCAGAUCCAAUAGCAAUGCUGCGACGCGGUGGUAAUAUCUUGCCGCCUUAUUUGCCUGUCGCAGACGAAACGAAUAAAUUUUUAAUCGAAAACUCGCCAUGCAAUUUUUCUGUGGCUUCGGGUUUGUCAAAUCUGACGGUGGGCUCCAGCUUAGUGGGACCCGCCGUUCAACUAAAGAGCAGCAAACUAAGCGUCGAAAACGCGCCAAACUUGCCAGCGAAUACCGAAUCCGAGGCAGCUGUCGCAGUGGUGCAUGAAGAGGGUGCAUGCAUGGAACAGAAAUGGCAGGACGACUCACUUAGUUCCUUGUCUAUAGACUCUGAAGACGAUACGAACUUGUUAAGUCAGGCUAUUGCCGCCGGCUGCAAUAGACCGAAAUCAAACCUUGGUUUCAGUAGCACAUCGAAAACCAACAACAAUAACAAGCGCACAUCACUGUCCGCCUCACAGCCCAUUCCCAUCAAUGCGGCCACCUCGUCAUCCUCUCUCAACUCAAGCGCCACAGCGCGACACUACCAGCGUCAGGAGCAGCAAACGUCCGACGUCGGUGCUGGCAAUACUUCCAUUACAACUCAUCGCUACCAAAAUGGAAAUGACUCGUAUAGUUCGGUGGAUUCGAGUGACUCCAAUGAUAAUCAAGCCAAAUCAUUAUUUGAGCUGUGCAUACGAACCGGAAUGCAUAAGCCUACCCGAGACGGUGCCAAUCACCGCCGCCAACACAUGUUGAAUAAUCGCCGUGGAGGUAGUGGCACAACUCAAUCGAAUCCGAAUCUCAAACAAUUUGACUCUUUACCAUUGCAAUUGCACGCACAACCUAAGCCAAUGGCGUUGCCAACAAACAUGUCCACGGCUCUAACAGCCACAACAACUACUGUCAAUCGUCAUUUACGUGAGCGUGAGCGCAAAGAUGAAAAACUACUCUUAGAAUGCAUUAACACAGGUAUAUCGAAAAAGAUUGGCAGCAACAGCCACAGCCACAGCAGUAGUGUAGGCAGCGCAACAGUUGCAGCAAAAUAUGCUGCUGACAAAUCCACAAAUUCAAUACCUAUGCCCAUAUUUAUUGGUGGCGAUGUCAGUCACAGCACCGGGACCGGGUCAAAAAACGUGCUGGCUACGUCUGCGGCUGCACAGGUGCUGUGUCACCCACACGCGGCUACUUUAUCCUCAAAUGUGCACAGCACAGCAGCUCCAGACGUAGCAAAGAUGAACAACACCGGCUACAACAGUCACUUCACCACCACCUUCAGCAGCAGCAACAGCAACAACAGCAACACGUGCACCGACACCAACAACUCUUGCAGCAGCGUGAAUUGUUGGGAAACGAAGGACAUCAACAACGUCGACAUCAUAGACGCAGCAAGAAGUCCAGCGAUGGACACCACCAUCACAGCACACAGCGACGUAAGUCUUCCAAAUCACGUGAACGCAGCAACCGACCAGAAAAUGAACGAUACUGGGUAUAAGGAGGAUCAACCGGUUGACUUCGACCAGCCGUCGGCACACGAAGAGUUGAAUAGUCCAUCGGUAUCGUUCGAUAAUACUGUGACCAGUGAUGAUUCGAAUGAAUCGUUCAUAAUUGAGACCACUGUCUCGCUAGAAAUGCGACAAUCGCGUAAUUCACCGCCACUAACAACAUCACAAAAGCACAAAGAUCCUGAUUUGAUGCUAAAAUCUGUGGAGCGCCUAACACUGGAGUUUGUCUCAUCUGCUGAACAGUUGCGCACUAACGCCACAAGCGUUUUGGCGGAGGGUAGUGUCGCUGAACAACAUCGCAUGGCGUCGGGUGGCGCCAGUAUAUCCAUUGGCGGCACCUCGAACUCCAACAACACCUGGAAUGAGGACACCUGUCCUAACGACGACGUCUCUUUUCCCAGCGUUAGCGUUACAGCACCCAUAGUCGCAUCACUAAAUUACGAUGACAACGACGAUGAUGAUGACGAAGACGUAGACCAGGCCACAGAAGCAGAUCACAAAGACUUACACGACUUCGCUGAAAUCACUCCAAUAAAUGAGGAGCAACCGCAACCUUCACUGUUAAUGCUCGAACGCGCUGACACAGCCACACAACCCAGUUCAUUGGAAACGGAAACCGAAACGGACACAUUGGUAAACGAUGGACGCAGCAUAGAUAUACUUUGUUACAAUGAAACUCAGGAGUCGACCACCAGUAGCGGCAUCAAUUUCCAGUUGGGUGGUGCUGUUCAAUCAGCAGCGCUUUCUUUGGGUGGCCAUCAUAUGUUCUAUGGCAGUAACAGCAACGCAGUGGCCGCGGCAGCACAAGCCGCUGCUGCAGCCAUGACAAAUUCUACCAUCAUCGCCAUUGAAGCACGCGCCCUAGCGGAGAAUCUGCAGCAUGGCGGUAGCGUUAGUGCUGACGAUGACGACAGCGUCGAUUUAACAUUCAGCAUCAAUAGCUUAGAUUUGGACAAUAUACGUCCGCCAUCGGGUAUGGAAUCACUCAAUAUGUCUGGCUAUUACCAUCAAGAACCGCAGACCAACGCUUUCCAUUCGCUUGGCGUUUUACAAAGGCGUAGCAGUAGCACCCCGCAGAGUCCCCAAAUGAUCAUGCGCUCGCCUAAAUUUCCGCGUAAAUCACUACCACAGGGUUUAGUGGCGAAACGCGCGCUAGGCCAACUACCCGCACACCUGAGCGGCAGCGCCGAAAGCGUUAAUUCGAGCUGCAAUUUACUGGAGAACAUCAAGCCACCAUCAUUGAUGGACGAAUUGUUAGACUCCAUGAUAAGUGUGGCAAGCAUACAAUCGGAGGUGGCGGAUGCAGAGUGCAGUAUGGCCACCACUCUAUCAGUAGCCUCAAACUAUGAGACAGCAGCAGGCGGUCAAGUAGAGGGUGGUGAUUAUGACGAUAACACUAUAACGCUGCAAAGUUGCUACGAAACAAUGCCACACGACAUGGACGCCGAAGAAAACUCGUUUCACAGUGGCGCUGGCAGUACACCACUGCCAACAGACGACUGCGAAUUUAGUUCAGCGGAAUCUACGCCACAGAAAUCAGCUGCAUCACCAACCCCGCUAAAUGGCGAAAAACGCACAUUGACGCCAAAACAGAAGCGAAAAGUAGCCAAGGACCGUUACCGCACCUUCACUAUAUCCUCAAAUGUGGCAGUAAGUGAGGAAGAACGCCAGCGAUUAAAAUUGGAGGAAACACAAAUGUCAGACGAGACUUUGCAGAUCGAAAUAAUCGAAACGGAGACUGUAGGCAGCGCUGGAUCUUCCAGUCGCCGACGCUCAGAUGCCGAACGUUAUCGUACCCAAACAAUUGUCUACAAUACUUCAACUGCAAAGACAACCACCACUAUCGCAAGUAAUGAUAUGGAAGCUAAUGAAGCCAACGCCAGCGCAGAUGAGUCGGCCGGACCAUAUUCUUUAACAUCCACCGACGACUGCGCCUCGGAAAGUAUGUGUUCGCUACGCGCCAUGACACAAAAGUUCAAAUUCAUAAAUAUGCCUAUUAAUAUAUCAAAAACCGCGCCAGAAGCAGAAGCAGCAGAAGUGAGAGGCGUUCCAGAUGGUGGCGACUGUACUAGCAUUGAAUGCGAUCAAAACUCAGAGACCGAAUCCUGCCAUGAUCAACACGAAACAUACGGUAUCGCUGAAAAUUACGACAACCAAAGCGAGGAAGACGCUUCUGACAAUAGUGAAUCUGAGGAGCAUUCCUUAGUUAAAUCGCCGGCACGUGCGCGUAUUACCAAACCUACUGAGCCAGCUGCGGUCGAAGAUGUGUCAAAUAAUGAUCAGGCAAAGGCGGUGCGUGGUCGCAAGAAACCGAUUUACAUUUCACCCUACAGCAUACAGUACCAACGUACAAUGUCACCCCAAACGCGCAUUGCUACCAAUAAAACUUUGACGCCAACUAAAACAGCGCAACUUCAUACGCUCCGUAAACGCGAUACAAAUGUAGUAGCGCCGGAGAUGGCUGGUACGCGGUUGCCAGCGCCGAAAAAAGUACAGACCCAAGUAAGUGCUGGUGCGCAAGCAACAACCACUCAACAGGGAGCAGCGCCACCUUCACUAGACCGUCAGGGUACAUUUGUGCAGGAGGAGCCUACGAUUACGACAUGUCAAGUGCCUGUCGUUGUAUCAGAUGUUAAAGCGAUAUUACCGCCAGCCACAGCAACAGCUGGCGGUAGCCCGCAACGUAGUUCGAAGUUGCCAACAAAGCGUGCAACCGCCGUGGCCGCUUCGAAAUCAACAACGACGUCCACUCAGCCAGCGAUCACUCGCAAAAUACCAAUAGCUGCGAAAUCGAGCUCCCCAAAACAGCGGAAAGUUGUGACAACAGGUAGCACCGGCAUGCCACAGCGUUCCAACAGUAACGCGGCCAUACGCGUGACCAGCAGCGCCGCACGCGUCAAACGCGUAUCCGCUACAACACCGCCAACACGCAGCAAUUCGAACCUGAACAGUCGCGAUACGGUAGCAACAGCGGCAGCGCAUGCAACAAAAAAUGCAGCGGCGAAAAUCAAUCAAGCGCAAAGUCGCAUAGCCAAUAUUUGGAAGCGUGUGAAUGAUGCUAAGAGCAAGCAGCAGGAGCAGCAGAGAGUGCCGCGCGCCAAUGCGGCACGUGGCACAACGGCUGUGGUAAGUAAAUUGAAGUCGCAGCAAACGAAGUCAUCGCCCGCGCUAAAUAUGCCCAAAAAAGCGGCGGUGCAACGAGCAACUCAGCAGCAACAACAGCAAAAGAAGCAAACGUUGAUACGUAGCUCAACGUUCGAUAACACGCCGAAUGGUGUCGGUGGUGCACUACAAAAUGUAUCAACGAAAAUUGCUGUAAACGCCGGUGGUGGGUUGGCGCGCGGCGGUAGAAAGUAAGCAACGAAGUGAACCUGUAUUAGCCGCAAAAUUAGCACACUUUUACAUGGUAAUUGAGUUCAGUAGAGGUCUGUGAAUUGUGGUAGCCCAAAUCAAGCGCAAGUGGACUGUAUAAAUGUAGUGUUAUAGUAAAUUUUUGGUAUAAAUGCGCUGAUUGACGUUGGGUGGAGCGAAAGACCGACAAAAUGGUCGAUAACAUUAGAACCCAUUUGAUUGACCUGUCACGAUGACAACAACAUGAACCUUUUAUUGGAAAUAUUCAAAUCAGUUAAUCAAAACUCAAGCACUUAAGCGCAUUUAAGUAUUUUUAAGUUAGUGUUUAAUCAAUGUAGUCAAGUAAACUCAUGAACACUUAAAGAAAAAGCACUUAGAAAAGUCCACAAAAUGCUUUAGAACUGAGGGAAGACUCUGAGGGUUUUAACCGUGUUGUAGGCCAAAUUACAAAAUAGUUUAGAAAAAACAGUGAAAGGUAAGAAGUCGUAACAUUUUUAGAAGCAAUCGCGCGCGAAUAUCAAAUAAAAUAUAAAGUAUAUAUAGUACGUAUGUAAAUACAUACAUACAUAUAUGUAUCUAAUUUCUUUUUUUUUUUUGUCAUAAAUGUAAAGCAUUUUGAUACAUUUGUUCAGCCAAAUCAAUGCAAUAGGGUAUUACUAACACCCUUGCAACUUGAAAAAAAAAUUAAAUUUUUUUUCAACGAUCAAUCUUACGUUACUAAGCGAAAGGGAAACACAUGAAAUCUUUAGUUCAGCUUUAAUUCUUGCUUUUCAAUAUUAGUAAUUAUGCUCCGCAUUAAAGAAUGUGUUGACUGUUUGUCAACUGUCGUUUAGUCUAUCUGCGUGCACGAAAUGUUGUUUGUGUCGAAUCGUUUAUUUAAUAAUUUUUAUAAUCAAUACAAAUAAGUAGACGCUGAGUCAGUGGCUCACCGUAUCACCGUACGCGUGAUUUCGUUGCUUCCAUUGUGGCAAAGGCGUCUCCUGCCUUUAUUCGAUAACGUUAAUAUUUAUUAUGUGCUUAUCAACAAAAUUUAUUUAUACUUAAGGUAGCUAUUUGGCUUGUUUAGGUGUGCCACUCCAUAUAAACAGUAUGCCAAUUUUAGCUUUAAUGUCUUAAAUAGUAAGUUUCAGGUAGCCGGGACUUUGUUGAAUGUUUGGGCUCAGAUAAAUAUAUCAAUUUUCAUUAUCAAAUAUCAAAAUUGCUUAUAUAAUAGCUUUUACUGGAGUUAAAUUCUUGCUGGGUGUGUUGGUUUUUGUUUACUUUUUGUUUUUGUAUUGAAAAUCUUCAAGUUUUAUAAAAACGAAAUGUACGCAAAAAUUUGCACCACUAUUUUUCCAGUGUUUUUUAGAUUAUAAAUUAAGUUUAAAUAAUUUUGGCAACGCAAUUCUUGUAGGCUCUCAAAACGAUUCUUUUCAAUGUUUGUUUGCUUUCAAAAGUGACAUUUGAAGGAUGAAUUGCAAUUCUAAGUAUGAGUUUAACACACGCCUGCAUAUAUCGUCAUAACCUUGAUUUGGCUGUAGGAAAACCUUAUUUAUUUUUAGCUUUCAAUGAUGAAGUAGAAUGUGUCCUUCGAAAAUUAAUCUGCGUUUCAGCAGCCACAUCAAUGCGCUUUGUUGAUAUUCAUAAACAUAUGAAAUAUAAUGUAAAUAUUUUAUGCGCUGAGAUUUCCAUGAAAUACUCCGCUUAUAACAUUUUAAAUCCCUUUAAUUUUUUAUGAAUUUGUAUGUAAACUUGUGGGAAUUCACUCAGCAAAGUUCCAGCGCACCAACUUAAAUAGACGACUUUAAUGUCAAAAAAAAAAAUUCGGCUCGUUCAUAUUUACCGGCACUCUUUGCGCCUCACGCUUGGUGUACACACUCAGGUGGUUAUAAAUAUUUAUAUUUCUUUAUUAGCCUUGAAUUAUUAUUAUUUAACAAUUCAGAUUUUAGUAAGAUUUAUGCUGCAGAAAAGAUAAAUUAAAAUUAAAAUAUUGAGUCAAAAUGCUGGUUCGCAAUUGGACCGGCUUCUGAAAAAAACAACUUAAGAUUUCCAACAGUGGACAAGAUUCCUACUUAAUAAUUAUAAUUUUGUGUUAAACUUUUGAAAAUAUUAUAACAGCCGGUGGUAACGAAGUACUGCUUUGCCACGACAGUCGAUUCUACGUAACCGGAUUUAUAGCCGGCCAGGACUGUCACUUCAGCAGCAUUCCCCUUUCAUGUAUGGAGAAUGUUUAUGCUGCUACAACAACGACGAGUACUUUUUUUCCAAAUAUCGUUCAAAGCGGCAGUUGAUGCUCGUUAAGAUAUCGAAAUGACCAGAAGCCGAUCAGUUGUGAACGAGUAGAUUUUAAUAUUGUUGCAGUUUGGGCUGUUUAGUUGUUAAUUCAUACAUACAUAUGCACAUACAUUUAUAUUUAAAUAUAUACUUUGCUGCUAUAUGGCGUGCUAAAUAAUAAAAAACUAAAACUAAAAAAUAAAAGAUUAAAAAUUGAAAAUAAGUCGAAUUUCUCAUCCAAACCAAAUAUUAAUAUUUAAAUUUCUCAGAAAUUAAUAAAUAAAAAUAAAAUGUAUAAAAAAUGUAGCAGCGCUUAGCAUUAAGGCAUUGUAGUCUUCAAUUUUUUUCGCUAAUUUUAAAGACUUGAAUUUUUAGACUUAAUUACAUAUUGUAUAUGGGCGUCUCUAAAGUGUUAUAAAACAGAAGGCAUACAUACAUACUUACAUAGUUACACAAGUGUUGUGCGUUCAUAUUUUCCUUAUAAGCGUUUUUUGUAUGUGUACAAUGCGGCGUAUUUAUAAGAUUUCGCGCCAACAUUGUUUUUUCUAUUUUUAUUAUUAUUUUUUUUUUAUUCAGUGUAAGCUGUAAUUGUAAUUGUUAACAGCAAAGAAAAACAAUACGAAUCUUAGUUUCAUCAUUUGAACGCAUCUUUCUAAAAUAUUUCUAUGAAAUUCGAAUUGGAGCGUUGCGUUCGAAUGCACUUAAAAAUUGUAAGACAAAUUUGAAAAUUCGUCAUUAAAAAUAAUGAUUACAAAGUAUAAGCCAACACAAAUCUUUCAUUGUAGUAAUUCGAUUCUUUUGAAUAUAAAGAAUGUGAAUUUACUUAAUUUGUUGCGGCGUUUCACCCAAUAACAAAAAGUAUAAAAUAUGAAUGUUAAUCAAAAUGUUACUCCAUUUAUAAGUGUUUAAUGUUUCCAAGCUAUGCACAGGCAGUCUCUUGUUUGGUACGUUGCUUCAAAGCAUUAAGCGCCCGUUAAAUUAACCAACUGUUAACUGCCGCAUUAUUUAUUUAUUAUUUCUUUGUACUAAUCAUCAGUUUUCCAUUUACAAAGAAUUUGCGCAGCCAUUGCGCGUUCAUUAUUAGCGAACCAGUUGGAUUUUAGUCAGUCGACCGGCAAGUUAGUUAUAAUUUUACUAUACCUGUAUGUAUAUGUUGCAGUUUGUUUCAAAAUAUAAAGACUUACAAAUAAUAACACGUACAUUUAUUAAAUACAAAUUGCAAACAAUAAAGAAAAAUUAAAGAUUUUCAGAAAUAAGAAUGUUCCUUCGAUUCCAAUUAAUAUUCUUACAUACAUACUUACAAUAAAUAAAUAAAAACACCUACGUACAUAUAUAAUUAGAAGUAAUAUUUCGAUAAUACAUUGUUGGAAAAAGCGUACAAGCAUAGAUCUACUAUAUAAACCUAAUUGCAUACAUACCUUCAUAUACACAUACACCUGUAAUAAAAACUGCUUAAUAAAAUA